AUGACCCCCACAGCACCCAAAAGGAAGAUCCUCGGCAUCGGCAUCCUCAAGGAAAGCUCCUCGCAGGACCCUGCCUACAGCCCCGAGCGGGUCCAGCAGGAAGUCAACCGGGAGCUCGAAAGGCUGAGAGCAGCGGGAUUCGACUUCACCCUCUACUUCGCCGACAGCAAGGACACCGGCGCGGCACUGCCGGCGAUCAGGGAGCUGCUGAGAGGCUCAACUUGGGACGGCGUGUCCAUCGGGUUUGGCAUCCGUGGGGCGGUCGAGUACACGGCUCUCUUUGAGGAUAUUGUCAAUACUAUUGUCGCGGAGGUGCAGGGCCCCGUGCCCAAGUUCAUGUUCACGAGCUCGACUACGGAUAUUUAUGAUGCUGCCAUUAGGGUUUUGGGGGAAUAG